UUAAUAUGAUAAAAUAGAAUAAAAAAAUUACAUGAAUACAAAUAUGCAAUGUUUUUGAAGGCUAUUUACUCAAUUCAUUUGUCAAUUAAGGUUGUAAAAAUACAUAAUAUAAUUAUAAUAUAAUAUGGAAAACUUAGUAAUUUAUGCAAUUUAGGUUCACUCAUCUUAUCAGCAGUAAAACAUUCUGUGUGCACAGAAAGAAAGAAAAGAGUGAGGAUAAAGAUAAAUGACAGAGUGGGGGAGUGGUGAAGAUGCGAUGAGAGAAAUGCAGGUAUAUAAAGCUGCUGUAUGACAGAGCAUCAGGGAGAACACAGGAACACAUUUCCAGACAGAGAUCACCAGACGAGGGAAAAAGGAAGAACCCUGAAAGACAUUCAGACAAACGAAAUGAAGGUUUUACAGGCUGUGUUAUGCGUGGUUAGCGUCCUUCAGCUCUGUCAUGGAGUCUCCAGUAGUGGAGAAUGUUACUUCAACGCAAAAGCCAGCUGUGAGCACAACGGCCGUGUAUUUGACAUCGGGGAGGCCUGGAUAAAUGACGAAUGUUUCCAGUGUGUGUGUUUCGAGCCUUUUGGAGUGGGCUGCUGUGAACAUGGAAAGCAGCCAGUCGAUUUCCCACCCUGGUGCGAGGCCAUUAGAAAACCAGAUUCCUGCACAGUUGCUGUAGUGAUGAAGGCCAACCAUAAACUUCCCUGUCUGUUUGGGGGGAAAACCCGCCUGUGGAAAUCAGAGAACGACCCACUCUUCUAGACUGCACUAGUGAAUUCACAUAUGCAAAACACUAUUCAAAUAUACAGCGUUUUCACCAGGUUUCACAAUGUACAUGUAGGUACACACUGUUCGAUAUUUUACUGUUUUUUGAAAAGUUUUUUUAAAAUAAUAAUUUAAAAUAACUGUAUUCUAUUGUAAUAUAUUUAGAAAAUGUUAUUCCGGUGAUAGCGAAGCUGAAUUUCAGCAGCCUUUACUCCAGUCUUCAGUGUCACAUGAUCCUUCAGAUUUUAGUUGAGCUGCUUAAUAGUUUUGACCCAAACAUUUGAACAGUAGAGUAAUAUUAUUUAAAACGAGUGAAUCUGAAGUACAGAAGGGUCUUAAUUAUCUAAUAAUCCGAACCUCUUCAGAAAGUUUCUCAGCAUUUCAAGAUUCUAAAAAUGUCAUUUUAAAAUAAUUUAAAUCAUUUUAUGUAUAUCAUGACUUAAAACUAAAAGGUGACAUUACAUUUUUUUUUCCAGCAAUGAACAAACCGUACUGAUGCCCAUCUCAAAACUGGUAUUUUUGUCUCUAAAUAAAUAUCAGUGACCGUUGGAAAGUGCAUUUUUCGGUUUCUAGUAUUCACACUACAGAUAAUUUUUUUAUAAAAUGGCAAUAACCAUCUGAAUGUGCAAGAAAACCAGAAGAGACUUCGAUCCUGAGAAACACUGGUUCAGUGACAGUAAAAAUCAUGGUCUUUAUUUAAAAAAAAAAAAAAUUAAGUAUCAUUACACAAGAAACAGACAGUAACAAGUGAUUACACAUCAUUGUGGGCUUUUUUCCAGUUAAAACUACGUGUUCACCCCUUUUAAUCUGUAUACUAUUAAGUGUUACAUUUCGCUCCCAUUUACUGUGUUCAUAAUACAGAUUUAGAUCUGCACGGCUUUUGGACCUUUCAAAUUUGGCAGUGCCACUGCUUUGAACUCGCAAAAAAAA